GGGAGGAGGCGGCGGCGGAGGCGGCGGCGGAGGCGGGAUUUGGAGUUUCCCUCCGCAGCAGCGGCGGCGGCCUCUCAGCUGCAAGCGAGGCCGCCGCCCGGGACUCCGGUAGCCUUCGGCAGUGGUGGUGGCGCUUCCCGCCGCCCAAGAUUCGGGAAGUUCCCGGCCACUACGCGCGGAGCCCAGCCCAUCAAAGAAACCUGUCUCAGCUCUCCUUUCAUUGUCUCCGUGGAUCAUCCCAUCUGAGAACUGGUUUGGUCUCCCUGCUCAUUGUCCAUCUACCCUACUAUGCUGGGAGCACCAGCGCCCGCCGACCGACGUACAAGAAGCCCCGCGCCCAUGGAGGGCCUAGGCCGUUCCUGCCUUUGGCUGCGCCAGGAGCUGGCGCCCUCGCGGCCGGGGCUGCUGCUGCUGGACUGCCGCAGCCGCGAGCUGUACGAAGCGGCUCGCAUCGGCGGAGCGCUCAGCGUGGCCCUGCCCGCGCUCCUGCUGCGCCGCCUGCGCAGGGGCAGCCUGUCGGUGCGCGCGCUGCUGCCCGGGUCGCAGCCGCAGCCGCAGCCGCCGGCCCCGGUGCUCCUCUACGACCAGACCGGGGGCCGGCGCCGGCGCGGGGAAGCCGACGCUGAGGCGGAAGAGUGGGAAGCCGACUCGGUGCUGGGCAUCCUGCUCCAGAAGCUGCGAGAGGAAGGCUACCUGGCUUACUACCUACAGGGUGGCUUCAGCAGAUUUCAGGCCGAGUGUCCACAGCUGUGUGAGAGUAGCCUUGGCAGCCCCGGAGGCUCCAGCACAGCUACGCUGCGCAGCCCGGCGCCCGUGGUGGGGCUGGGCGCCCUGUGCCUCACCUCCGACUGCUCCGAGACAGAGCCUGAGCGCGACUCCCUGACCUGUGGCCUGGACUCGGACGGUAGCACGCCCCCGCCGCUGGGCUUGCUACGCGCCUUUCCUGUGCAGAUCCUGCCCAACCUCUACCUAGGCUGUGCCCGUGAUUCAGCCAACUUGGAGAGCUUGGCCAGGCUGGGCAUCCGCUACAUCCUCAAUGUCACCCCCAACCUCCCCAAUCUGUUCGAGAAGAAUGGGGACUUUCACUACAAGCAGAUCCCCAUUUCUGACCACUGGAGCCAGAAUCUAUCGCAGUUCUUUCCAGAGGCCAUUGCUUUCAUUGACGAAGCCUUGUCCCAGAACUGUGGUGUGCUCGUCCACUGCCUGGCAGGAGUCAGCCGCUCCGUCACUGUCACCGUGGCCUACCUCAUGCAGAAGCUGCACCUGUCACUCAACGACGCCUACGACCUGGUCAAGAGAAAGAAGUCUAACAUCUCACCCAACUUCAACUUCAUGGGGCAGCUGCUAGACUUGGAGCGCAGCCUGCGGCUGCAGGAGAGGCGCUCCCAGGCAGUGGGCAGCGGGGGGCAUGAGUCUACCACCUCUGACCCGCCCUCCUUCUUCACCACCCCCACCAGUGAUGGGGUCUUUGAGCUGGACCCCACAUAAGGUCCUAUAGUGUUGCUGGGCUGGUCCCUCACCCUUGCCCGCAAGAGGGUACUCUGACCACCCACAUGGUCGA